AUGAUUAAGGGGUGUAUAGGUUUACUCUUUGGAUUGGAAAAAGAUUCAAGAACACCACCAAAACAGGUGAAAGAUGGUUCCUUUUCAAUUGGGAGUAGCCAAAAAUCAAGGGAAUUUUGUGUAAGAGUUGUUCAUGCAGGUGGAAAAGAAGAUCUUUAUGAAAAACCGGUUUCUGUUUCUCAAAUAAUGAAAAGAUAUCCAGGUAUGAUUGUUGCUUGGCCUGAAAUUUUCAAGAAUCCUCAUGAAGCUGUUUUGUCAUCAAGUGAGUUGCUUUUGCCUGGGCGAAAGUACUAUUUAGUCCCUGUGACAACAUUAAAGAAGUUGAAAAAGAAACACUCCUCCAAGAAGAAAAAGUCAACAGGGAAAAAGGGUCAAACUCAAACCGUUCCUCCAGACGAGUCUGAUGAUUCUGUGUGUUCAGCUAAGGAUUACUAUGUAUCCAAGGAGAAGUGGUCAAGAUUCUUGGUCAAGAAACACAUUCGGUCAAACAAAUCACCAGUUGUGAAGUCAAAGUCAUGGAGGGGAGGAUCUGAUUGGGAGCCGAGUUUGACUUCCAUUCAAGAACUCUCUCCUUGA